CUGUCUCAGUGCCAUAAGUAGGCCCUCUGAUCCUCACUUCUUGCCCUGCCUCUUGCUUAAUUUAUGCAGCUCUAUUCGCAGACCUUGUAAUAAACCUCCAACCAGUGCCUGGCCCAACAAGCCACUUCAGACCCAGCAAACGGAGAUCGCUGAUUUGCUCCUUAAGUAAGAUUCACUGCUGCUCAGCAUGGCUCAGCCCAACUCAUGCUUCAUUCUGAUCUCCUGCCUGAUGUUUCUGUCUCUGAGCCAAGGCCAAGAGGUCCAGACAGACUUGCCCAAGGCCCGUAUCAGCUGCCCAGAAGGCACCAAUGCCUAUGGCUCCUACUGCUACUACUUUAAUGAAGACCUUGAGACCUGGGUUGAUGCAGAUCUCUACUGCCAGAAUAUGAAUUCAGGCAACCUGGUGUCUGUGCUCACCCAGGCAGAGGGUGCCUUUGUGGCCUCACUGAUUAAGGAAACUAGCACUGAUGACGGCAAUGUCUGGAUUGGCCUCUAUGACCCCAAAAAGAAUCGCCGUUGGCACUGGAGCAGUGGGUCCCUGUUCUCCUACAAAUCCUGGGUCAUUGGAUCCCCAAGCAGUAUCAAUCCUGGCUACUGUGUGAGCCUGACUUCAAGCUCAGGAUUCAAGGGAUGGAAGGAUGUGUCUUGUGAAGAAAAGUUUUCCUUUGUCUGCAAGUUCAAAAACUAGAGGCACUGGAAAAUGGACGUAUAGAAGUGAUCCUGCAAUUACUACAGAGUCAAAAAUUAAACUGGACUACAUCUCCAACUCAGUUCAAACCCUCUCUUCUCUACUGAAUUUGCAUCGGUGACCUUUAGUACCUUACCCACCCCCAGUCUCCAGAAAUAAUAAAAAUAAACAUGUUUUCCCCACUG